GUAAUUAGGGUAAUUCCCUCGGCGUCGAUUAGGAAUUGGCAGAAGUAUCCGUUCAUGACUCUGUUUCUCUCUCCAAAACAAAAUCUCUGUGCGCCGCCCCUGUCUCCUUACUAUCAAUCCCAAUCCAAUCCAAUACAAUCGAUAGAGGUUGGUUCUGCCUGCGUGCUGGAAUCAUAGGCGCUCUGUUUGCUGUGCUGGUCGGCGCCAGCAAGGAAGAGGAGUGUGAGAUUCUUGCUCUGUCCGUGUUGAUUUCAGAAGUAUAAGCAUCCAUGAGUGGGCGUUUUGUGAAUCUGGUGGUGAAGAAAUUGAGCAGCAUUCGCCCCGUCUUCAACCUGCACCGCAUCGAUCCGGCAGGCUUAUUCCACCCAGCAGGAUCACCAAAACUAGCAGAUGCAGCAGCAGCAGCAGCAGUGCAUAAAUGUCCGGAUUCCGGUCGGCUGCCCCCCGCCGCCAUAUCCUUCCCGUUGAACAAAGCCGAGUGGAUGCGUAUCUACUUCAUGGCCUUGAACAAGGACGUCGUCAUUGCCGUCGACCACAUGGGCCGCACCGUCGCCUACGACGCCGCUCUUGGAACCGUCCGCAGCAUGAAUGCAACGCAACGCCCCGACUGGAGCCCCAUCUCCAUCACCGUCGGCAACGGCCUCUACACCCUGUCCAUCCACCAUCGACCGCCGCCCAUAGGGAACUCUUUCCAGGUUCUGAGCUACGGCCGCCCGCUUGGCUACUGCUGGCCGGAGGACUGGAACUGGCGCCCCCUCCAGCCGCCUCCCCUCGAGUACCACAAGUACGUCCACAACUACCUGGAGGCUCCACACCACCCGUGUGCCAUCCGUGCCUGGGCGGUGCUUCGGGAUUCCCAGAUAUGGAUAUCCACGGAGGGCGCCGGAACUUACUCCUUCGACACACAGACGGGCACCUGGAGCAAUGCUGGCGACUGGUCUAUGCCCUUCAGAGGCCACGCCGAGUAUGCACCGGAGCACGGCCUCUGGUUUGCCCUCUCGGACGGCGAUGCUCGGCUCUGCGCCGUCAGCGUGGCUGACCUUGAGCUCACGCCCACGGUGUGCCGGAACCUGUGGGUAGACGACACGCCUGUCCCUGAGGGGUGGAUCCCGACGGUGUCCCGCAUCUUGCCGCUAGGCUCUGCCAAGUUCUGCCUCGUGAGGCUCUCGCAAAAGGAUCAGCGGGGCAAGACGGUACAACAGCUCUGGAGAAGCAAGGUCGAGACAUGUGUGGUGCUCGCUGGAUUGGAGGUCCUCAAGCAUGACGACGCAGCAGCUCUCCACAUGGUGAAGCACAAGUCCAAAACCUACCGAUUCAGAGGCGAUGAGGUCGAACUGCUGUGAUAGUGGAAGCAACAUCGCUUUUCAUCAACCAUCAACUCUGUCUUUGUGAAUAAUAAAGAAAUCUUUAAAUAUGAUGCAUCUUACUAUUCAUAUCCAUACUCUGUUAAGUUGCAUAUUUCAGGGGAGGAGCCUGCUGAUUUAGCGCUAGUUACAUGUAGUACAAGGGUAGCAGCAGCUGCCCGUAAAUAUUCAGGUUCAGGGUGGUCACAGUGU